CAUAGCCCCAGUGAAAGAUGCAAAAGAACAAGAACCCAAGCGAGCCGACUACAUCCACAUGCUCAUGCAGCAUUAAAUAUCCUUUGCCCUCUCAAAAAAAGUUAGUCCAAGGUAUUGUAUUCUUCAAGCCAAACGACAAAUCAAUGUCGAUCAUGGAUGUUGAUGAAUUGUAUGAUUUUGAAGAUUACUUCCCGUCGAUGAUUCAAAGACUAGGUUCUGAGGGAUUCAUGGGGGAGCUGUGCAGUGGAUUCUACUUGUUGAUGGAUGUUACCAAAGGACUCAUCACUUUCGAGAGCUUGAAGAAGAACACGCUCGUUCUUGGCCUGCAUGAUCUUGGAGAUGAUGAGAUCGUCUGCAUGUUGGCUGAAGGAGACAUGGAUGGAGACGGAGCUCUAAACCAGAUGGAGUUUUGCAUUCUCAUGUUCAGAUUGAGUCCGGGCUUAAUGGAUGGAUCCAAGCGUUGGAUGGAAGAGAUGGGAGUAAAUGAUAUGUGAAGCAACUUUUUUGAUCGUGCCAUGUUACGUUAGCGUCUUUUGAGGUUUUACACUUUGAACAUUGCUUGAUGAUUUGGUAUUGAGUUAGAUGCGCGUGUUGCUUCAUCUAAUAAAAGAAAUAAAUGAUGUUAUCUUGAUUUUAAUACUCUUGACAGCCAAGAAGCUUAAGACUUCUCUCUUCACACGACCACCAUGUACUGACCAGUGAUUCAAGUUAGCUUAAAGCUUGACAAAAUUUGGAUA